AUGAGAAGAAAGCUGCGACACCUGCUGGCUUUCCUUCUCAUCAUCCUGGAGAAGCUCAACACGCCAGCAGCUGACCGGAGCUGGCUGCCUGGCACUAUCCUAAUUGUCACCCUCCUUCUUACUGCUCGGUACAAGAGGAGGACAAAAGGAGGACUGAAUCACAAUGUCGUUGGUACCAACACAAAUACUGUAAUAGACGUUGGUCAUAGUAAGACAGGACAGGACCAGUCUCAUGCUAACAAUCAGUCUCUAAAAGUGGGUAAUCUAUCACGUGAUGAAGUUCAAACUGAUGAAGUAGAGUCCAAUACUACGUCUGUAGAAGGUCCGACAUAUGUCAAUGGCCACAAUCAGACAGAGCAGGGUCAGUAUCAGGCCAUUACUGAAUCAAACGCAAACACUACAUCUACUGUUGUGACCAGUGACCAUAAUCAGACAGGGCAGGGUCAGUAUCAGGCCAUUACUGAAUCGAACCCAGACACCACAGCUGCUGUAGUGACCAGUGACCAUAUCCCGACAGAGCAGGGUCAGACUCAGGCCAUUACUGAAUCCAACACAAACACUACGACUGCUGUAGUGACCAGUAACCAUAAUCAGCUAGGACAGAGUCAGACUCAAGCCAUUACUGAAUCCAACGCAAACACCACAACUGUUGUAGUGACAAGUGACCACAUUCCGACAGGGCAGGGGCAGGGUCAGUAUCAGGCCAUUACUGAAUCGAACCCAAACACCACAGCUGCUGUAGUGACCAGUGACCAUAUUCCUACAGAGCAGGGUCAGUCUCAGGUCAACACUGAAUCCAACACAAACACCACAACCGCUGCAGUGACCAGUGGCCAUAAUCAGCCAGGACAGGGUCAGUAUCAGACCAUUAUUGAAUCCAAUGCAAACACCACAACUACUGCAGUAACAAGUGACCAUAUUCCGACAGGACAGGGUCAGUAUCAAAACAUCACUAAAUUCUUGGAUGCAGGAACUAAAUUGUAUGAAAUCACGCCCGAAUCAGACAAAUCAGAUCACACUGCCUACGACUAG